UUGAGAAUGACAAGGAAGAUCUUCACCAACACCAGGGAGCGAUGGAGGCAGCAAAAUGUCAACAGCGCCUUUGCCAAGCUGAGGAAACUCAUUCCCACCCACCCACCAGACAAAAAACUGAGCAAAAAUGAGACACUCCGCUUAGCUAUGAGAUAUAUCAACUUCCUUGUAAAGGUCCUGGGAGAGCCAGGCCUGCAGCAGACAGCAGUGGCAGCACGAGGCAGCAUCCUGGGGUUCUUCCAGCAAGCCCCACGCUUGCAAAGCAUGGAGGAGCUGACACUGAUAGAAAACUGUGGUGUCUCCUCUCCGGGCAUGAGCAGCAAUAUAGCAGAGUGUUGGUCAGAGACAUCAUCUCCCUAGCAGACAAUGACACAUGCAGUCUUGGUGUUAGUCUGGUAGUCCCCUUCUUUUUGCAGAAUCUGUGGGUUGUUCCUGUAUGUAUUCUGAUUAUUUAUUUUUAUUUAUUACUGGCUUAUUUGGUAUACAUUUUUAUUUAAUAGGAAAGGAAAUCCUUGUUCAGCCAACAAUCUGGAACACCAGACAGAGAACUUGCAGGCCCUGGGAACUUGGAAGGACUCACUGCUGUCACAGCAGAGUCCAAGCCAGAAGGGCUUUCUGCCCUGAUCUCCUCCACAAAUCAGGCCAUAGAAAUUCAUCCAGUGUUUCUGGCAGGGAAAGAGAUUAUUCUCCCAUGCUAUUUCAAGGAAACACUACUGACCUCAAGAACGAUGACUGCACCAAAAAAUUUGACCGCGGCAGACAUCUGGUCUUGAUAGUGAAAGAUUUUGAGAUGUGGUAUUUGCCACAGUCCUUCACCAGUGGUUCUAGGGGCUAAUUGGACUCACUCUUGAGCCUGUGUAUCUUAUUUCUGGCUUGAUUUUUUUUUUUUUUUUUUGAAAAUACAAGUCUUAGCCCUUUUACCUGGCUACAUCUUUCACCAUGAGACUGGAGGGAUCCCUAGUGUCAGAGAAAAAUGCUAUUAAACAAAAGUGAACAUUAGGUUAAAGCAAAAAUGCCAAUGUAAAAUAAAAGAAGACAUAGUCAUAGAUGAGUUUCAGUGGGUUCAACAGGCAGAUUAAACCUCCUCUGUAGCAGUGACAGUAUACGUGUGAAGGAAGCUGGUCAGUUACACUCCAGCUCCCUUAAAAUCCCAUCAGAGAGGCUGUUGGCUAAACUUUUUUGUUCUUUCCAGCUGUAGCAAUGGGGGAAGUCCUGUUUUGGGAGGCAAGUCCCAGGAGAAAGGCCUCAGUGAUGCACUGUGAAAACCUUCAAGGAAAAGCCAGUGAGCAGUGCCCCCUCUUGUUCCGCGCUGCAGAAGCAGCUGGAGCAUGUCUGGGCCCGGCAGAAGGUGCUGGGCAUGCAUCACUGGUGCACCGUGGUACCCCUUCAGCACAGGGCUGUGUGCCAUGCAUCUUGGGCGUCAAGUUCCUGAACCAGCCCUGCUUUUGCCGCCACGGGAGGCAGAACCAAGCUGCACAAAUCCUUGCUGUCACCUGUAAGACCCUGGUGCUGUGACCCUGGGGUGUGUGAAGAUGGAUUGAUGUCUUCCCCAGGCAGGGUACCAAGACCACGGACAAGACUCGGGGCAUGCUGCCUGUAUCAGCUGACUGCCUUUAAACUCUCUGCUUUUGCCUGCUGUAGCUGAAGUUCCUCCUACACUGUCCCAAAUGGGCUGCUGGAGCAAGGACAAAGAAAUUGGUGUAAACAUCUUCCAUUUCAUUCAGUGGGUCAGUUCCCUGUAGGUAAUGCCAAUCACCAUGCUGUAGGUGUUGAGAUGAUAAGCAGGAUGAAAAGACAUUUCAUGAAGGUGACCAUUGUGGGUUUUUGCCCACAAAUCAAUCUAAUUUCCUGAUUGAGUUAUAACCUAUGCCAUCAAAGGCCUGGACUGCUCAUGCAAGUUAUAAAGCUGCAUAGAGCAAAAGGAAAAAUGACACCAGGUUUAAGUAGAACUGCUUCCCGUUCAGAUCCUGCUCCCACUGACACAGGUCUUUUUGAUUUCUAUGUGGACCAAGGUACAUGUCAAUGUGUAGAAAAGACAACUAUUUACCACUGGUGAAGAAGUGGAGCUCCCAUAUGCCAAGGCAUGUCCCUGGGCUGUUUCUGGUUAUUCACGAGACAAUGAGCCGCCUUCAGGAAGCAGAGGUAGGGUUUGUGCAUGUAACAUACACAGCCCUUCUGCAUGAGAGGAUUUGGCACCCAAAGCUGAGCUGCCUUUUAAAGCCUCACCCACCAUCAGGUGCACCAAAGAAGCCAGGGCUGCCUCCUGCUAAGUGUGAUUCAGGCUGGUCCUGUCCAUUGACAAAGACAAAGGUCUGACAGGAACACAGCUUACCCUGGCCAGAGCUGGUGCUGUAACAUACAGGCAUGCCAGUGGACCUGAUUUGGAUGAAAAAAAAAAAAAAAAAAAAA